AGAGGAUGAGGCCGCAGCGGCUGAAGCCAGAGUGAUUGGAGGUUCAGCCCACGGCAGCCCCUGGAUAUUGUAGAGCCUACAGAGCCGGCCAAGUGUCCCAGGUUGGCCAAAGAGCCUGGUCUGACAGGAUGGAUGCUUCUCCUGAGCCCCAACAGAAGGGUGGGACACUAGCGCUGGUCCGACGGCAACCUCCUGUGUCCCAGGGCUUGCUGGAAACACUGAAGUCCAGGCUGACGCAGAGCUGCGUCUGCAGUGUUCCAUGUGCUCAGGCUUUGGUGCAGAAUCUGUUUCCUGCCAUACACUGGCUGCGUCAGUACCGCCCAAAAGAGUACCUGGCAGGUGAUGUUAUGUCUGGGUUGGUCAUUGGCAUUAUCCUGGUGCCACAGGCCAUAGCCUACUCACUGCUGGCUGGGCUGCAGCCCAUCUAUAGCCUCUAUACUUCCUUCUUUGCCAACCUUAUCUACUUCCUCAUGGGCACCUCACGCCAUGUUAAUGUGGGCAUCUUCAGCCUGCUGUGCCUCAUGGUAGGUCAGGUGGUGGACCGAGAACUCCAGUCCGCUGGUUUUGACCCCUCCCAGGAUUCUCUGGGGCCUAUGGACAAUGGCACGACCCUCCACAACUCAACUACAACACUGGUGCUUGGGCUGCAGGACUGUGGACGGGACUGCCACGCCAUUCAAAUCGCCACUGCUCUCACUCUGGUGACCGGGCUUUAUCAGGUCCUCAUGGGUGUCCUCCGGCUGGGCUUUGUGUCUACCUACCUCUCACAACCACUGCUCGAUGGCUUUGCUAUGGGAGCCUCUGUGACCAUCUUGACUUCCCAGGCUAAACACCUGCUGGGUGUGCGGAUCCCUCGGCACCAGGGCCCAGGCAUGGUGAUCCGCACAUGGCUGAGCUUGCUGCAGAGUGUGGGACAGGCCAAUGUGUGUGACAUGGUCACUAGUGCCGUGUGCUUAGGAGUGCUAAUAGCAGCUAAGGAGCUCUCAGACCGCUACCGACACUGUCUGAAGGUGCCAGUACCCACGGAGCUGCUAGUCAUUGUGGUGGCCACACUUGCGUCGCACUUUGGACAGCUACAUACUCGGUUCGGCUCGAGUGUGGCUGGCAACAUCCCCACUGGUUUUGUAGCCCCACAGGUACCGGACCCUAAGAUAAUGUGGCGUGUGUCCCUGGAUGCUAUGUCCCUAGCCCUUGUGGGCUCAGCCUUCUCCAUCUCGUUGGCAGAGAUGUUUGCUCGGAGCCAUGGCUACUCCGUGCAUGCCAACCAAGAGCUGCUAGCUGUGGGCUGCUGCAAUGUGCUGCCCGCCUUCUUCCACUGUUUUGCCACAAGUGCUGCUCUGUCCAAAACCCUGGUGAAGAUAUCCACUGGCUGCCAGACCCAGCUGUCCAGUGUGGUCAGUGCUGCCGUGGUGCUGCUGGUGCUGCUGGUGCUAGCCCCAUUGUUUCGUGAUCUGCAGCGGUGUGUGCUGGCAUGCAUCAUUGUUGUCAGCCUGCGAGGCGCACUGCGAAAAGUGAAGGACCUCCCACAGCUUUGGCGGCUAAGCCCUGCUGAUGCAUUGGUCUGGGUGGCUACCGCAGCCACGUGUGUGCUAGUCAGCACCGAGGCUGGCCUGUUAGCCGGGGUGUUCUUCUCACUGCUUAGCCUGGCAGUCCGCACACAGCGUCCACGGGCUGCCCUUCUUGCUCGAAUUGGAGACUCGACCUUCUACGAGGAUGCUUCUGAGUUUGAGGGCCUCCUACCCCCACCUGAGGUGCGAGUGUUCCGUUUCACUGGCCCACUAUACUAUGCCAACAAGGACUUCUUCCUGCGGUCACUCUACAGCCUCACAGGGCUGGAUGCAGGGCACUCAGCCACCAGGAAGGAGAAGGGCCCAGAGGUGGCUGUCAGUGACGGAAAUCUUGUUGACGGCAAAGAUAUGGGUUCAGUGAGCAGCGGGGCUGGGCUGGUGGUACCCCUGGCAUUUGGUUUCCACACAGUGGUCAUUGACUGUGCACCACUGCUGUUUCUGGAUGUGGCUGGCAUGGCCACACUGAAGGACCUGCACAGAGACUACAGGGCCCUGGACAUCACCCUGCUUCUGGCUUGCUGCAGUCCCUCAGUGAGGGACACAUUGAGGAAGGGGGGCUUCCUUGGAGAAGACCAGGGAGCUGAGGAUGAGCUGCUGUUCCCCAGUGUACACAGUGCCGUGGAGGCUGCACGUGCCCGCCGUGAGGAGCUGGUAGCUGCUGACUCUGCAUUCUAGCAGGACUAAGACCCAUGCCCACAAGCCAGUACUGAGCUCCUCUGUAGGAGUGAUAUGAAGGAUGGAGUCAUUAGAGAGCUAUACCCUUGGACCAUCUCUGCCCUGGAAAAGCCAGGGAACUCCAACUAGGAAAGGGAACACAUCCAUUCCAAACUUUCAGUGAUUGAGAUCCUCUACCUGAGACCACUGCUGCCCCCUGGUGCCUAUUCAACCCUGGUGGCUACACCCACACAUCUGAUCCCUCAGCCAAGGCAGUGCCAAGUUUGAUAUUCUCUUACCAUCUUAUCUGAAAAAAAAAAAAAAGUCCUGUAAAUUAUGUGGCCUCCAAGAUGCCAAAAGGACACUUCCCUUCUCCCUGCACCACCAGAUAUCAGGAAUGAGCUGACCAUAUGGCCCAGGGGCAAGGGUCUGAGUUUCUGAAAGGCCUUCUCAUGCCUGGUGCUCAUCUUGGUUGGGUCCUUGGAAAGGCAGUCACCUGCUCCAGAACAGAUGGCCCAGUGUCACUGUCUAAGAUGAUGUGACUGAUAUAACCCCAACCUGACCUUCAAGGAUGAUGUCUCUACACAGCUUAUUCUGGUGACCACAAAGUAUGGUACAAAGCCAGGCACAGUAUACACCAACGCCAUUCUGUACUUCUAAGAAACCCUUAGAAGGAAACCACGUGUGGUCUGUCCAGGGGCUGCCCUUAGCAUAGCCAAGCAGACCUUCCCUUCGUCUUCUGCCCAACAGGAUGUUCUAACAGAAAGUGCAGUCCGGGCCCUGUGCCCUACCAUGAUGCUUCCCAACCGAGAUGCUUCCCAACCGAGAUGUUUCCCAACCGACUGCCCAGCACCGUGCUCCUCAGCUGGCCCUGACAAGGCCAGAUCCACCACCUCAGCAUCUCUGUAAGACAAGCUCUGAUCAGCAGCUCCCAGGGCACCCACCUCAGCAUCACCCACCUGGCUGUGAUGAGAUCCAGCAGCCAAUGUAUCCGGACCUGCUCGAUACCACUGUGAGGUACGGCACCUAUGUAGGCAAGGUUCAGUUGCUGGUCCCAACUAAGGUCGUACUGGUCAGCCUGGUCGUGAGGCAGUGGGGGGCUAGGGACAGGACAAAGAAGUAAAGUGUACGUCCUAAGCAGGGGCCUGCAGCAGACCGGGGUCUACACAUUUAGCACCUGACUGCCAUGCCCUUGCAGAGGAACAGCGUGUGUCUCCACAAUGUAUGAUAAAGUAGCCCUUUCUCCAGAAAUGUUCUAGAGUCUUGUCUCUGGGAGGUGGGUUCCCAGGACACAGUACCACAUUCUAAUAGGACAUCUGCCUGCCAUAGAAGAGAAGUCCUAGAGAGACUUGGAGGCAUUCAGAAACCAGGUCUGGUCCAACACUCGAGGUCAGGUCUUAGUACUUUGGGAGAGUCCUAGGUUCUGCCGAAGUACCAAUCAUGAGCCUAUAGCCUGAGUACCGUGCUCUUGAUCCCUGGGGGCCAUUUAGGGAGGCUCUGGCACUCAGGAAACCCACUAAAGUAGAAAACCCACGCCACACCCUGAAGGAAGAAGUUUGAUCUUCAUUCCUGAGUGUCCAAGAAUGGUGGGCAGAGAGCCCAACGGUCUGAGGAGAGAAACCCAGAGGAUGGAGCAGGAGGCUUUCCUAGACUUGGCAAGAGCGUGCGGUGGGCCUCACCAGAAGCCGGUGCUUCUCCAAAAGGGCAACAGAGGCCUCAGCGGGCGGGCUGCGUCCACGCGCACCAGGUACGGGGUCUCAGCCAGAGCCAAGGGCGCAGCCAAGAACACAGCUAGAAAUGCCAGCGUAGCGGAGGUGGGACGCGGGGAGCGCAUGACUAAGGUACCCUGGAGCUCCCGAUCUGCAAGCCUUUGGGUCCCAGUCCUAGUAGUUCCGCCUCCGGGUAGCACCCCACGUGACCGCUCACCCGGCCAGGGCAGGACAGAACCCAACGCGCGCCGCCUCUUCCCCUGGCGAGGACCGCCCAGGCUGCUGCGUCUCAGAUGCUCCAAACGCCGAACGAACACUGGCAGUGCUUGGGAGAACACUGGCCUUGGGUGUCUCAGUGAGGCCAUUAUUCUUGGCGAUGCCCGCAAAGAUGUCUCGGGAGGCCUACACGAGGUCUGGAAAGCAAAUCAGACACUAUUGCCUCUCGAGGGGUGGAGGUGAAGAGCUGCACCAGAAGAUGGCGAUGCGAGACUGCUCCAAGAAUUGGUUUGCGGAGAAAAAUCAAGAGGACUCCAGAGCUUUGGCAAUGAGUUUUUCCUGAAAUGGGGGGACAAACAGGCGUGUGGUCAAAGACGCUUCAGAAGCCAAGUAGCCACUUCUAGUGGACAGCCAAAGGUCAAUCCUGGAUGUCUGUGAAAGGCACACACGCUGAGUAGAAUAUUAGCAACGGCGGAAGAGAAUCAACUAAAGACUCCAGUUCCUGGUACUCUUGGUAGCAAAUGCCUUUAACUUCUGGGGUUCCCUCAACAAUAAAAGCAGUCAAGUUUCACGACCCUGUUAAACAACCCUUUCUCGUGUAGUCUUCCCCUGACACCAGCAGGAGACAAACAACUGGUGUUUGAUAGUCGCUUAGGUUGGUGACUUGAAGUCUUGGGUCCUCAGGACAGCUGGUAAAGGGAAGGUUUCUAGGCAGAGAAAUGAAAGCUCUUAUGCCAUAACCCUAUCCAAGGACCAAAGUCAGGAGACCACGUGGCACUUCUGCAAUGACUGAAAUACAAAGCUCAGUGUCCGUAGACAACCUCUGGAUACCACCUGGUAGGGUAUUCUAUUCUGUAUGAGGACUGAUGUAUAGACGCUGUACUUUUGAUUUUGAAUUAGUGGGUUUACUAAGCACAUAGCAAGCAAAAGUGAAAUCGUGAAUAUCAAGUAGUGAAUAGAAGCAGCAAAGCAUCAGUGUUGGGCACUCACCAACACCCAACAGAAAUGACUGGGAUAGCCUGAGCUACGUAGAAAGACACUCCA